UUUCAAGGGGUGACUAAAAUUUGAGUGGGCAUCACGCACUUACAACUGUAUAACUUUCAACUUUCAACCAAACUUGAUAUUAACGAAUUAGGGUUUACACUUUACACACACCACAAGCAAGCAUCCACCAACAAUGGCAGAAGCCGCCAUCACACCGGCGGUCAACAACCUAACCCUCUCCGACAAAAUCCCCCAACACGAGUUCUCCCAACGCGUCCUAAUCCGAACCAUCCUAACCCGCCCCGACGGCGGCGCCGGACUCGCCAACCAAACCCUCAAAGUAGGCGGCUGGGUAAAAAAAGGGCGCGAACAGGGGAAAGGAACAUUCGCAUUCAUCGAACUGAACGACGGAUCAUGUCCAGCGAACCUGCAACUUAUAAUACACUCCGAUGUGGGGCCCUUAGGGCAGUUUACUCCGACCGGCACGUGCCUGCACGUGGAAGGUGUGCUUCAGAUGCCACCGGAAGAUAAGCAGGGGAAGCAGGCGAUUGAGAUGAAGGUGGUGAAGGUGUUGGAUGUUGGUAGUGUGGACCCCGCAAAGUAUCCGUUGCCGAAGACGAGGUUGACGCUUGAGUUUUUGAGGGAUUAUGUUCAUUUGCGACCCAGGACUAAUACUAUUGCUGCUAUUGCUCGUAUACGUAACGCAUUGGCUUACGCCACUCACACAUUCUUCCAAAAACACGGGUUCCUAUAUGUACACACCCCAAUCAUCACCACCAGUGACUGCGAAGGUGCCGGAGAGAUGUUUCAAGUCACAACGCUAAUAAACGAGGCCGAAAAAAUCGAAAAAGAACUAAUUAAAAACCCGCCACCAACCCAAGAAGACGUCGAUUCAGCCAAGAGCGACGUAAAGGCAAAAGGCGAGAUAGUAGCCAAAUUGAAGGCCGAUAAAGCCGGUAAACCUGAAGUAACGGCCGCUGUUGUCGAACUUACGAAAGCGAAAGAGAAUUGUUCAAAGAUUGAAGAGAGAUUUAAACUGAAACCCGGUAUUCCGAAGAAGGACGGGAAGAUUGACUAUGGUCAAGAUUUCUUCGCACGCCAAGCGUUUUUAACAGUUUCGGGUCAACUUCAAGUUGAGACGUUUGCGUGUGCGCUUAGUAGCGUGUACACUUUCGGCCCGACUUUUCGAGCGGAACAUUCGCAUACGUCGAGGCAUCUUGCUGAGUUCUGGAUGGUCGAGCCCGAGAUUGCGUUUGCGGAUAUCGAGGAUGAUAUGAAGUGUGCGGAAGCCUAUGUUAGGUUUCUUUGCCAAUGGUUACUCGACAAUUGUCUUGACGAUAUGGAAUUUAUGGUUGAGAAAUUUGAUAAAAAUGCGAUUAAGCGGCUCCAAAUGGUUGCGUCAACCAACUUUGUACGUCUUUCGUAUACGGAAGCCGUAACGAUUCUUGAGGAAGCGGUUUCUAAAGGCCAUAAGUUCGAGAAUAAAGUAGAAUGGGGAAUUGAUUUGGCAUCCGAACACGAGAAGUUUCUAACGGAGGUGAAAUUCGAGUCACCCGUAAUUGUAUACAACUAUCCUAAAGGGAUCAAGGCGUUUUACAUGAAAGUCAACCCCGACAAGAAAACAGUAGCUGCUAUGGAUGUUCUUGUGCCAAAGGUGGGUGAACUAAUUGGUGGAAGUCAAAGAGAAGAGAAUUACGAAGUCAUCAAAGAAAGGAUUCUUGAGAUGGGACUGCCACUUGAGCCAUAUGAGUGGUACCUUGACCUACGUCGCUACGGGACCGUGAAGCAUAGUGGGUUCGGUCUAGGGUUCGAGAGGAUGAUUCUUUUUGCAACCGGGAUCGACAACAUUAGGGAUGUAAUCCCUUUUCCAAGGUAUCCAGGAAGAGCAGAUCUUUAAAGGUCCGUGUGACGAUACAAAUAGGCACAUCACACCAAAUAUUCCUUUAUUUUUAGUAUUUAUCAGCAAAGCUGUGUGUUUUUAUUGCUAAAACUGAUUUGACUAUACGUUUUGUGAUAUUUUGAUUGGUGAUGUUAAAACCUUUUGAUGUGAAAAGUUAGACGCAUACUUUGUUGACAUGUAAAGAUUUGAUCUUGAUUUAGUUUGUAA